AUGCCUGCCGUCGAUGUUGCCAUGGUCCGAAGCCUUCGGGGCGGCCUAUGGGAGACUGUGAAAGACAGUAUCGCCAGGAGUCUCGCCAACGAAGUCAUCCGGAGGGACAUUGUCGCGGAUGCUGAUAACAAGAUUUCAGACGUCAAAGCAGCCUUUUCAAGCUGGGAUGGGUGCAUGGCCCACGUUUACUGCAAGUGGCCUGCUAUUGCGCUCAUGAUCAUCGCCGGUCUUAUCCUUCUAAGUCUUAUUAUUUGCAUUGUUCGAUGCACUUGCUUGGGAAUGUCAUGCUGCUGUAGUUGCUGCUACUGCCUCAAGUGUUGCGGCAACUGCUGCGGAUGCUGCGAUGCUCCCGGCGGAGCGGCACGCAAACAACUCGAUGCGCCAUACGUUCCUCAGCAAUCUGGAGGAUACCGGCAGGAGGCACCCAUGGCCGUUAACAUGCCAUCACACUCCACGGUCCCUGCUUUCUCUACACCAGCUUCUCAUGGACCUCCGCAGUAUGCCGAGUUCGAUGUCUCCAAGCAAAAUGCCGAUGCCCUCCCUGCUAUGCCGAGCUGGGAAACGGCCAACUCCAAGCAGAUUGUGCUGGAAGAGGAGGUCGAAAUGGACACUUUGCCACCCAAGAAGGAGCCUGUUGCUCCUCAGAACAUGAACAGCCCCGGAUUCAGAGGACAACAGCAACAACAGCAGAGGCCCAUGGGUCGAAAUGAUCCUUACAACCGACAGCAAAGCAGCUCUCCUGGUUACAUGAACUCCUACGGCCAACAGCCCGCUGCUAGCCCAUACGGAGCUCACGAUCAAGCUUAUGGCACACACGAUCAAGGAUUUUCUGGGCAUGACCAGGGCUACAAUGCACACAAUCAAGGCUUCAACGAGCAUGACCAAGGCUUCAACAGACAUGACCAGGGCUUCAAUGCACAUGAUCAAGGCUUCAACGGGCAUGACCAGGGCUACAACGGACAUGAUCAAGGCUAUGGGGCGCAACAACAGAAUUUUGGAGGACAUGAUCAGGCUUACGGUGCCCACGAGCAGCAGCCUUAUGGCGCACACGAUCAAGGCUACAAUGCACACGAUCAAGGCUACAACGGACAUGCCCAAGGAUUCAAUGGACACGACCAAGCCUACGGCAUGCAUGAUCAACACUAUAAUGGAGCCAACCAGGGUUACGAUAACCACGUCGCAGAUGGAUUCAGCGCCAGUCAACCCUACGAUCAUGCAGCCCCUACGACCGGUAUGCACAGCCCCGGACACCAGUCGCCCAUCGCCAACCAGCAUGACUAUGGCAUUCCAAGACAGAUGACCCCCGGACCAGUGCGUAUGCCAACAGCUCCUCAUGAGCUUGAUGGACAGACUUCGCCAACCGCGUAUGGUACGGACCCACACGUGAGAAAGUCUCCUGGCCCUGGUCUGAACCAGAGACGUUCUCCGGGCCCCAAUAACGAUAUCACCAUAACUCCUCAAAACAAGCCCGUCCCUUUCAGGACGUAUACCCCUGGACCGCAGAAUGCUCUUCACAACGGCCAAGCCUCUCCCAUCACCAACAAUGGGGGAUUCGACUUCAACUCGGGUUACUCUCGUCCCGCACCUCAGGACGAGCCAAACUACGAUCGCCGCCCCAGCGAAUCCCACGAACAUGAGGAGCACGAGGGAUACCCAGGCUUUAAGCCUUACAGCCCGUCCCCACAGGGCUGGAGUGGUAUCUAA